AUGUUUCUUCCUCAAACUGCACAAUCCGAUUAUGAGGAACUUUGUUGCAUGGAUGUUCUCGGUAUUCAAGACACACCAUCUGGGGACCAGAAGGUCGUACAUGAAGAGUUCUUGGAGCAACUUCGGCGUGAUCCUGUGCAUGGGUGGUUUGAGACUGGGCUCCCUUUCAAGGGAGGCCAUCCGCCCUUACUCUCAAAUGAGGAUAUCAGUUUGAAACGUUUCGGGACCUUGGUGCAGCGAUUGAAAAAAACAGACAAAUUCAAUGAAUACGAUUCAAUUAUUCAAGAGCAACUCAAAGAAGGAAUUGUUGAACCAGCAAAUCAGCCACCAACCGGAACUGUGUUCUAUUUACCCCAUCACCCUGUCAUUCGUGAGUCAUCAGAGUCCACAAAAAUGAGAAUAGUUUAUGAUGUAUCCUCUAAAACCGGCUCCCAACCAUCCCUGAAUGACUGUCUUAACACAGGUCCACCCCUACAGAAUCAACUUUUUAAGGUGCUAGUUCGAGGACGCUUCCACCCUGUCGCACUCAAUGGUGACAUUGAUAAAGCAUUUCUUCAAGUGCGUAUUGGGCCAGAGCAUCGAGAUGCAAUGAGAUUCCACUGGUUGGAAGAUAAGAAUCCCCAACGUAUUUGCACUCUGAGAUUCACUCGAGCCCUGUUUGGCAUGGGACCGUCACCAUUCUUGUUAGCGGCUACAAAGUCAUCAAGAUGCGAGCAAAGAGAAGCACCCCAAGCAUGCAGAAGAAAUUAA